AUGAAUCAUCUGCACAUACUGGUGGGGGCUGUCUGCUUCCUUUCGUACUUCUAUCAGUUCUACACCCUGCUCACCUACUAUCUCGAGUUCAACUUUAGCGUCACCAUGGACGAGCGUCAGAGAAGUGACCAUAUCAUCUUUCCCGGUGUCACUGUAUGCGUGGAUGGUUGGCUGAGCGCCGAGAAGCUCUGCAAGUACACGCCGGACAAGUGCAAUAAGCAUGACAUGAUAUACGCUCCUGGCUUGUACGUGCCCCAGGCGAAUCCAGAGCUGCGCAAGAACGCGUCCUUCCUUGUCCAGGAGUUGUUCACCUGCGUCAUCAGUUCAGGGAGUCAACGUUGUCCCGCUUUCAACUGCACCGACAGAAUAAGCAGCACCUACUACCGGGUCCCUUCGCAGCAGUGCUACACGUUCGAUGUGAACGCCAUACCACGGCACGAGCACCCUUUCAGAGACUGCCCGAACCAGUGGGAGUGGGAGCUGGAGAUGCAUUACAAGUUUUCGAAACGCGACACGAUGCUCCUACUGCCUCGCUGGUUCUACCCGCUUUUCGUGCACCAGACCGGGCUCUGCCCUCCCGACCAGCUUUCUGCUGUGCAGCUUCUUCCGGGAAAGACAAUUCAAGUCACCGUCCAACAGCUCCGCACCUUCAGGCUUCCCGCGCCUUACAAAAGCAUGUGCACCGAUUACAAGUCGCAGGGGUCUUUCCCGGAAUUCCAGGGAAUGCUCAACUACGACCUCUGUGUGCAGAAGUGCGCCAUGGAGCUGGAGGUGAUGCACUGCGGCUGCGUUCAGGCUGUGUACGAGUUCACCGCCAGUUACCCGUUCCCGACGUGCAACUUCAGCAAGACAGAACAGUGCAAGAAUGCGCUCACGGAGAACAACACCUACGAUAAGUGUGAUCGCAUCUGCGGCCUACCCUGCGAACAAAUUCUCUACGAUGUCCGCAUAUCUGCAAUUUCCGAUGAACAGUACUCCUUGGAGGACGCAGAGCUGUGCUGGUACGACGGCAAGCACGCUUUCCGUCGCAACAGUCUACCUCUGCGUCCUCCAAAGCGUGCAUCCAAAGGAGUAGCGGAUAGAAAUGGUGUUGUAGUGAUUUGA